AUGGCGACGAAUCGGGUCAAAUUGAAGCGCCUUUACAGUGAACACAAUGAAGACACAAUCGAUGUACUAAAUCCCCCCGGAGGACAGGAAAAAAACGUGGAGGGGAAAAAAGAACUCCACAAAAAGAACGCGAACAUUUCCAGGAAGAAUAAAUUACUCGUGUUGUCCAAAGGGUUGAACAUAAAGAACUUAAAUAAAUUGGACGAGUAUUCCCAGGCGGGAGAAGUGGCAGCAAGACCGAGGAGCCGCUUGAAAAAGAAAGUAAUCACUGACAGUAGCUGUGAUGAGGAACAGGGAAAAGUUUAUACAUUUAACAAACGUGAUGUGAGAGAAGCAAGCCACACACAAGAGGAAAGUGCAACUUCUCACCCGUGUGCCACUUAUACGAAGACGAAAUGGUCCCCCACAAGUGGGGAGAAUAAAUUUAAUCAGCACCCCUGGAGAAUUCGCACCAGGGGGAAACAUGAACGGAGUAAGGUCAUCGAUACGACGGAUGAGAGUGAACAAAGCUACGAGUUAAGCAACUCUGAUGAUGGAGGGAGGGGCAUAGCAACUAAACCCCGCAGGGGUGGCAACGAGGUGGAUGAACUUGGCUCGAAGAAGAAACAAGGGGGGGUGCUCAGCAUGUUCUCACGAAGGGGGAUGCACAGCACUGACGAUGAGGAUGAUCGCUCCGAACAAAAUGUGAAAAAUAAAAAGGGAAGAUCCACCAGCCGGGCUGAGAAGUUGCAAUUGCGGGAAGGCCCAAACUGGGGAAGAAGAAAAAGUAGAAAUAUCCUGCACGAGGAUGACAGCUUGGAGGAGAAUCAGCGCAACGGAAGUUCUGACGCACAUAAUGAAGACGAUGAUGAUGUGCAGGACGAUAGCAGCUACGACGAUGCAAAGAAACAGCGAGACAAGAGAAAGCAAGCCCUGUCGAAACUGAAGGUGAGAAACAAAAGUGCCGUUGCGAAGGAUGAAGAAAUAUCCUACGAAGAAAUUUCCUACGAUAAUUACGAUAACUCCAGUUUUUACGUAGAUGAUGAUGUGAACUCAGCCGCUGAGACGAACAUAUCCUACGAAAGCGGACACAAAAACCUCAACCAUUUUGACGAAUACGCUUUACACUUAAAAAUUUUUAACGAGCAAAAUUUGGGCAACGAUAUGAUUCAGUUCAAUUCGAUAAGUGUGAAGAAAUCGAUCAGACAGUACAUUGAAUUUACGGCACUGUCUCUCUUAUCGCCUAGCUUAAAAUAUGACGCCAAUUAUUUUAAGGCAUCCGAAAAUGUGAAAAGCGUCGAACAGUCGCUCAAGGUGAUGUACUCAAGUAUUCACAGAGAAUUUCAGAAGAAGAAUUCCCUGGGGGAGUGCUACAACUACGAUGAUGAGUAUGCUUCAGAAUGUGAGAGGAGAAAGGAGAAAAAAAGGAAAAAAAAAAAAAAAAAAAAAUCUGAAAAGAUUAGUGAUAGUGGUAGCGAAGGUUGUGCUGAGGAAAAGUGCGACGCGAGGAACCCCCCAGACAGCAGCAACAAGGUUAAGCGGGAAAUGAAAAAGAAGAAAAAAAAAUACGUCUUAAGUGACAGCAGCAGUGGUUCGCCUGGUGGGGAGAACUGUGUGCAUAGGGAGGACGAUGAAGAUGAUGAGGAGUACGAAGCUGAAUACGAUGAGGAGUACGAUGCGGAAUACGAUGAGGAGUACGAUGCGGAAUACGAUGGGGAAUACUAUGAGCAAUGCGAUGCGGAAUACGAUGAGGAGGAGGACGAUUACGACUUCGAAUACGGACGGAAGGCGAAGAAGAAGGUGGCGGAGCAAAUGAACGACAGCGUCAUGCACAAGCUGCUGAACAGAGACAUGCUGAAAAUAUACGAAUUCGUAAAGAAGGAGGAGAAAUUUAGCAAUUACGAUUUUCUCAAGAUGAUCUGCAAGACCAGUAAAAAUAAGCCGAGCAAUUAUUACGAUCGGUGUGUGCAAAAAAUUGAGAAGAAAAUUCUGUCCAAAAGAGACCAGUUUGAAUCUCAUCCGUUUGAAAAAAAUUUUAAAAAUAUUUUAAAAAAUUACGCAAAUAUAUUUACAUACUAUUUGGAGUACAACAAAAUUCACUGCUGCUGUUGUAACAGAAAAUUAAGUUACGCAUGUCCCGUUUUUUUCACCCAACCUUUUUAUAAUUCGUCUGACUUAUGGGAAAAUAGCUUUUUCAAUUUUAUGAAGGUAAAUCAUUUUGAAUGGCUCGGAAAUGAGCAUUUUUUGACCUUUAAAAAUCCGCUGGACAAAUUAAGUAUGAGAAAUGAAGAUGAAUUUAAGAUGAAAAAUAUUAAACAGUCGAAUAGGCUAUUUAUAAAAAAUCAAAACGAAAAGGAAAAAAAACAUUUACUCAUACAAAUUAAUAUAAACCAUGUGGAUAAUCACCCCGUUGGGAAUAACGACGAACGAAUCAUUAGGCACUUGAAGCAGAGUGAAGAAAUGAAUGCUUUUAAAUAUGCUAGCCAUUUUGAUGAAAAACCAUUGAAGAAAAAAAGGAAAGCAUUUAAAAUUAAUUUCGAGCCUCAAUUUAAGGCCACAGAAUGUAAGGAAAAUAAUUUGAAUAUUCUUAUGAAGGAUAUUUGCGAAAAUUUUAGCGACCUUUCCGAAAAUUAUAUUGAGAAAGACAUUUUGGUUUUGCAGCUUGGGUCGUACUGCGUUUCGGCUGUGUACUAUUGGCAUGUGUUUCAUCACUACAAAUUUUUUUUCACCAAAUUUAUUUACCUGCGUCUGCUGGACUUGUAUAAGAAGAGCAAGGAUUUGUUUCGCGAGCCGCUGCUCCUCGCCUACGUGCUGUCCAAGCGGUUGAACAAGGACCUCUACCGCGACUUUGUGCUUCUCAUGAACAUUGACAUUUCACAGAUUCAGCGCAAGCUCCAUGAGUGUGACUUGUUUGUUCGUUGA